AUGUCCAAGGCUUCACAACCUGAACUCAAAAAGUUUAUGGAUAAGAAAUUAUUCAUCCAUCUCCAAGGUGGACGAAAAGUGAGCGGCGUGUUGCGCGGCUACGACCUUUUCUUGAACCUGGUCAUCGACGACGCGAUGGAGGAAAGCAGCCCUGCGCAGAAGCACCCCAUUGGAACAGUUUACUCUUUCCGCGACCUUGCCAAUGCACUCGCCGACAAAUCCGCAGAUCCUUCCUAUGUCUGGGCAAACUACAGCAAUCUCCUAGCACAACUCGGCAGCUACUCCUUGCCCCUCGAGGUCCACCAAAAGGUUCUGCGUCACUGUACUCCCUCCAUACACACUAUCAAACGCGCUCAAAUUAGAGAGCUCGAAAAAGGAACACACAACUACUCACCCCCGGACGUCGAAUCCCGGUUCAAGAUACUCAUCCGGAAUAUUCGUGGGUCGGGCCUUAGUCCAACGUUGAGCGACUACAAUUUCAUCAUCCAGCAGUUUGCUGCAUAUGGUCAUUUUGAGGGCACUCGCAGCGUCUAUCAAGAAAUACUGCGGGACGGACUUACACCAGAUCACCGGACCUUUGGUUUUUGUCUGCGUUCACUUGCGUUCCGGCUCUCCCUGCCCAUCAACGAGGAAAUACGCGACACCAUAAAGGCCCGUAUCCAGGAGCUCUUUAACAUGUAUAUGGCCGAAAUGUCCAAGUAUAAUGUGCCAAUGACAGGCUUGAACCUUGAAGUGGGUCUUCGGAUAAUGAAGGAGACGUUGAAUCUGCAGGGGUUGGAAUCUAUCUUGCGACGUGGUUAUGCUAUCGACCUUUCGAACCUGGACCGCAUCCCAUUAGAAUAUACCGAGCGGAAGGACAACCCCAUACCCUUUCCUUUUUCCACAGCCGCGCUCAAUACCACGCUCGACAUCCUGGGCACAUUGGGAGAAGUGUCGAAGAUGAUUCAGGCAUUCGAAGUUCUUACCCAACCGCUCCAGCAAGCCAGCCAACACUUUUUCAACUCGUUUGAUUCCGACGACGAAGGAGAUUUUGGUGUUGACGUCGAGGUCUCUCCCCCCUUCCCGUUUCCAUCCGCCACGCCGAAUACUACUACAUAUUCUAUUCUAAUCCGCCAUCUGUGUCAUUUAGGAUACCCUUCCCUUGCCCGACACUAUAUCUUAGAUGCAAGAGAAAAGAGCAAGCAGGCCGCAAUUGAUUUGCAAAUGCAAGUCCAGCAUCAUUUCGCGAAAAAGCUACCUCUCAACACCAUUCCCGCUCCCCGAAUAGCCAUUUCCCGCCUAAUACUGCUCCCUGCAAUGGGUGAAGCCAACAGGAACAAAAACGUCGGGCUCAUGAAAUGGCUGACCACCAAAGUGCCUACAAUCAUUCGGAAACAGCAGAAUGCAGUCGACUUCUAUCAGUCCAUCUUCGACGCCAUCAAAAAUCCCGAAUACCACUUGCCUGCGAAGCGUUUAACCAAAAAAACAAAGUUUCUGACAUCUCAAUAUCCUGGGGCCUCGCCUCAGGAGAAGGCUAUUGCGGCUAUGGGCGGUCAACCGCGUGCCCCAGCGUACAGCUAUAAAGAGCUCUUUGAGGCAGACAUCCCUGACCCACCUCCUCUAACUCCACCAUCCGAAUCCCAACCAUUCAAUAUCGGGCUUCAUAUACUUAUUCUCAAACGUAACGUUGCAGAACUAACAGAACUUAAUGACACUCUACGCUAUAUAUACGGACGUACCAUACAACGGGUAAAGGAACGCUUGGGCAGGCGUGUGUGGGCGGGCAAAGACAUCUUCCUACGCUCUGAGGGAAGCAGAGUGGAAGUAACAAAAGAAAAGUGGAAGGAAAUUGUCAACUUUCAGACGACAGAAGUUGAGGAACCUCAGGGUGAUUACACCAACUUACUAGUUACAGAGUGA